AUGGCAGAUCCUUCAUCUUGUAGCAAUUGUGGCCAUUCAUUCUCUGCCAAAAGAGGAUCAAAAGAUUAUGGGAGAAGAAGUUUUGGUUGCAAGGUGCCUUCAAGCAGCAUGGACAUGACAAUUAAAGAUGUAAUUGAGGAUGAGUUCAAUGUGCACCUCACCCCUGAAGAUCCGGAGACCAGAUAUCUUUGCCGUGCAUGCUUGUGGGAUGUUCAGCCAUUGGCAAAGGCAAGAGACAUUGGAUUGAAAGCACAGGAAAAAAUCAAACAGUCUGGCAUUCCAGCUUCUUAUUUAAGUAAGAAACUCCGAUCCCCUGUACCAACACCAAGGCAGCAUAAAAAGCAGAAGAUAUGUACUCCUCAAAAGCAUGACAAUGAUGAAUUUAUGGCUUGUUCAUUACCAGCAUCACCAUUGCAGAGUUCUCCCCCUUGCAUUGAUUCGUCAGAUCCUAGUGGCAUUGGAGGCAGUGACACACCGGUGAACAAUCAUUACAAAGGUGCAGUUGCCUAUUCAUUGUGCUUCGAUAAUGGCAAUCAAAAAGUUACAACAAGACAUCAGACAAGAGACAGGAACAACACGAUGUACAACAUGGUACAAGGUUAUGCAGCUUUGGACAGAGUGCCGACGCUGCAUCUGUCGGAUGACAAGCCAUUGCCACAAGACAUUCUCAACAUCCCACUAAGUUCAUAUUUGCCAACCGAUAUGGAUGAAGUUGAUUUGAGAGCAGAAAUGACAACAAUGGUCAUACGAGUCCUUUGUGAGAACUUGCAUAUAUUUCAGCAUUUAAGGAAAGAAAUAACCGGUCACAUCAAGCACAACUAUUCAAAAGAGAGUUCUCAGAAAAGCAUUCUGAUACCAGUUGGGGUCCUGGACAAGGAUGAAAGCAAAGUUGCUGACACCAUUGAUAUCCUGGAGCAUUAUCACCAGUAUGUGCCGGUUAAACCAUCUGGAGAUCCACUCACAAUUCCUCUGCAUGCUGAUGGGCUUAGUUGUGAAAGGGGGAAUGAUGCACAGAGUGCCAGAAUCAAUGGUAGUACAGUCUGGAAUCAGUUGCAGGGCUUAAUGAUGAAUAUUCAAGAGUGGCAUAAAAGAUGUCUACUUUUGCAGGAUGCUUAUGAUGUUCUUUACAAAGGGUCCAGUGCCCGGGACAAGGGAACGCUGUUCAAUUUAAAGAAUUAUUUCAACCAACACAAUGUAUCGGGCAAUGUGAAGGAUUCCUUCAACUUCUCGGAGGAAUUUUUGAAUUUCUGCUGUGAUGGUUAUAUUGUUUUGGCUGCAAUGUUUUUUAUGGACAUACCAGAUAUCAACUCAGUUUCAUCUCAGUACCCAACAGCAUUGCAAGAUCAGAUUCGCUACGUGAAUAGUAUUGCAACAGAAAUCAUUGAUUUAAUCUUCAUCUCGUCACAGAGUACAGUUCAAGCAAUAUUAGGAAACACAGCAAGUGACCUCCAUCAACCGUAUCCAUACUGUGUAUGUAAACGGGACAUGCCAGAAGAAGUCAUGGUUUACUGUGAAAACAGACAUUGUAAUAGAGGCAUCUGGUUCCAUACAUUCUGCAUGGGUAUGGAUGAACAAGACAUUCCAGAUGGAAAGUGGUACUGCAGUAACGUUUGUGCCGACGAAGCACAGGAAAAACGACAUUAUGAACAUAAAAAGACAGCAACCAGCAACUUACAGGACAACACAAAACAUUACACAAUACUGGUUAUGUGGUAUGGACUCAACCAGAAAGUGAGACGUGAUGCAAUAAGAGAGAAUGAUGGGCCACGGAUGCUUCUUCACUGGAAGUUUGACCUCCUUCAAUUUCAAGAAAGACAUCACCCUAAGUACUUUAUUGUUUGCCACAGGUUGCUGACAGCGGUGAAAUGUGGUGUGUACCCAAGACUGCAGGCUACACUGACAUGGAACAGAACGGUCAACCCUCGAGGGGGUCCUGGCAACAGCAUUGCCAUGGACCUGCAGAUGGAAUUCUUCAACAAAGAAUACAAAGAGAGUGUCAAGGAGGCAGCAGGACAUAUUACACCUGCAACCAUUGGUAGACACAGCCAGAUGGUAGGUGUUGGCAAGAUACUACGAGAGGUAUAUGAAAAACAGAUAGCCGGAAUGUGCAGAAGUACAAUACACAAAAAGGAGUUAUUUAGCAAGCAGGAUGAAAUUUCUGAAUGA